AUGUCAACCCCUCAUCAUGAUUAUACAGCCGAGUCGUGCUUCUCUUGCCGGAUCAAGAAACGGAAAUGCGACCGACUGAUGCCUGCGUGCUCGCGAUGCAAGAAAUCGUCCCAACAGUGCCUGUACGGAGGCAAUGGGGUCUACGGCAGUAUUGUGCCCAUCCGGCAUGAAAAACCGCUGCACGCCGUCCCCGCAGCUGUCUUUCAUUCGUCACAAGUCCCCGCUGAGGUAUUCUUGUUCCGCGGUCGCAAGUCAUGUCGCAGAUGCCGGCUGCACAAGAAAUCCUGCGACAAGACCCACCCCUCCUGUGGCCGUUGCAAAAGGCUAGAUGCGUGCUGCGACUACGAUGACCUAGUUCGAAUACAACGCCUAAGUUCGCCGCAUCUCUCCUCGUCAGCGUCGAUGGUUCGAGAUUUGGACCUUCAACCUUCGUAUCCCAUUGAACCCAAGCCCUACAUCCCGGGCUUCAUUCGAUUUUUUCAGGAGCAGAUGGGGCUAGCCGCCCUGCAGGUCGAAGUAAACAGCAUUGCUUAUCAUCUGCGAUCUUCGUGGAUCCGCCAUGCUCUUACCGAUCCCUGUUUGUUCCACGCGACACUCUACACGGCCUCGGCCGAGAUGGACGCGAUGCGUGGUAUGCAAGGCACCACCACAAACUACGCCACCCUGUACCAUCAGACUAAUACGAUUCGACUGUUGAACCGUCGCCUGGCCCAUGGGGGCCCAAUGGACGAUGCGACGAUAGCCUCUGUGCUUCUUCUGGUAAUAAGUGGGUCCAUUGAAAAAGACCCGGAUGCGACCGAAGCCCACCGACAGGGCCUCCUCCGCAUGGUCGCGCUGCGAGGGGGACUCAAGCAACUAGGAUUCGACGGCAUUCUGGCCGAGAUGAUUGAGAUGAACAUGGUUCUUCCCAUGGUCGUCUUCGGCCAGACCGACUCCGCGCUGCCGGCGCCCGUCACCCCCGCUGAAGCCCUACCCGACAGCCUCCCGAGCCUCGCUCUCGCCCGACUGCGCCGGGGCGGCUCGAGAAUCAAUCCCCCCCUACAAUCGCAGCUAUUGCGCGUCCUCGAGCACAUCCAGGACCUCUUCCACGCCCUCGUGCAACCCAGCGAGUCUUCCAACCUCUGGACGCUACUCGACAACGCCCCCCCGACCGUCGAGCUCACCACGACCGGGGAGUCAGCCUGGAGCAGCAGCGAGACCUCCUUCCUCCGCACUUGCCAGCUCUCCAUGACCCUCCUGCGAACGCUGGCAGAUCCCAGCCUCCCUUGGCAUCCCGACACCAUCGCCGUCCUCCUUCGCGACCUCAACACCAGCAUCACCCAGACCGAUCCGGCCACGCGCCUCCGCUACGCCCCCGAGGCUAGUCUCUGGGCCACCGCCCUCGGCAUGGCCGUCUCCCCGGAUGUCCACGGACGUCUGACCUUCCUGAUCAACGAGCGCUGCGUCGUUCUUGCCGUUUCCAACUCUAGGACCACGGCCCUGCACGAGCUCUUCCUCGACUGUUACUGCCGGCUUCGUGCCCUCGUCGAGCUUCGUCAGCCUCCGACUUUGUCACCUCUGCCUUCCACUCCUCCCUCCAUACCAUUCCCUCUCGAGUAGCUGAAUAUACCUGCUAUUCGUUCCGGUUCAUGCAUUGGGGCCAUUAGAAAAUCCUUUUCAAGAAUACUAGCCGAUAUACUGG